AUGACAAUUUCCGCGAACCACCGGUCGCAAAAGCAAAAGCAAAAGCAAAAGCAAAAGCAAAAGCAAAAGCAAAAGCAAAAGCAAAAGCAAAAGCAAAAGCAAAAGCAACAGCAACAGCAACAGCAACAGCAACAGCAACAGCAACAGCAACAGCAACAGCAACAGCAACAGCAACAGCAACAGCAACAGCAACAGCAACAGCAACAGCAACAGCAACAGCAACAGCAACAGCAACAGCAACAGCAACAGCAACAGCAACAGCAACAGCAACAGCAACAGCAACAGCAACAGCAACAGCAACAGCAACAGCAACAGCAACAGCAACAGCAACAGCAACAGCAACAGCAACAGCAACAGCAACAGCAACAGCAACAGCAACAGCAACAGCAACAGCAACAGCAACAGCAUUUUGAAAUAGAUAGAAUGUUUUUUUUAAUUCAGUUGAAACUCACACUGAUAGGUGAUCGCACCACUUCCCGUUGA